AAUGAUGUGUGGCUGCAUAACUGUUAAAACAUGUACAGGGAACUAGCUGACUGCACCUCCACCCAUAGCCCAAAGACACCACUCCCCUCAUCGCCUUUCUCCCUCCUCCCAGGUUCUUGUCAUUCACUCAGCGCUACAUCAGAUUUGACUUCUCACACCAAGCGCUGGCUUCUCACCACCGUUCGGUUUGGUUCAGUGAGUAUGUGAGUGAAUGCGUUUGAGGUCUGGUGCUCACAGUUGGACAAUGUCAUGUUGGCUGUAACAGCAUGUGGAGAGCAGCUCUUGUUCUGUACCAGCUCUUGGCACUUGGUCGGCCACUCUGGGCUCAAGAUCAUGUCGCAGCAGCUGCCAUCACUCCUCAGGACUGCAGUCUGGACUGCGUCCAACAGGGAGGACCAGGAUGUGAGUACUGCAGAAUAACCAGAAGUGAUGUCAAGAAGGCUCUGGGGUUUAACUCCAUUGAAGCAUUUGGAAGUUGUAUUCCAUGGCCAUGUUUUGAGUUGCUAGACCCUGAAAUCUGUCAGCACUACGUCCAUGCACCAAAUGAUGUGAAGAUUGAAUUUGUAAAUGAGCCAGACACCACUUCUGACACUAUCGUUGUCUCCUGGAGGCCAAGUUACUAUGGGAUCGCCUUCCUGCGAGGCUUUCAGGUGUCCCUCCAGGCCCUGGGAGGGUCUGCUAUUGCCUGUCAGCUUUUCCUCUUCCACCGUAACCUCUCACUACCAGCUUCACAUGCUCAAAGGGUGUACAAAUCAGACCCCUUCCCCGGCCUCCCCCUUGGGUCUCAGUAUGCUGUUACUGUCAUGGCUCUGCCAGUGCCUGAGGAUUGGGAGAGGUUCUACCACAGCAAGAUCUUCUCAACACGCUCGUGUGCAGAGAAGAGCGGAAUUGAGAAAUGCAAAAAGGAUUGGUACCCCCAACAUAUUGAGGUCCAGCAGGAAGGGACUGCCAUCACUGUGACUUUUAACCUGGCUCCCCCAGACCUGGGCAUCAGAAGCUACUUCUCAUUUUGUUAUGCAAACGGCAUGAAGAAAUACACAGACAUAAUACCUAAUUCCACCAAAAACAAAACUCACCACAGCUAUCAGCUGAACGACCUUCAAGAAGGAACCAAUUACACUUGUGAGAUUGCAGCUAAUGAGGUGGAUGCAGUGAGAAAAAUGUUCAAUGUCCAGGUCAUGCACAUUCAGAAAGAGGGUGUCCCGCAGCUCUCUGUCACUCCGUCCCUGACUCUGGUGCUUCCACUGUGCCUGGCUGUGGUAGCCAUACUUGUGAUCUCAUUGGCUGUUCUUGCAAGGACAAGGCCCAAGCUGCAGAUGAAGAAACUUAAUAUAAAACCAGAUAUAAUCAAGCAGCACCAAGAGAGUGGGACUCAGGAGGAAGUGGUGAUAUUAUCCAGAGGCAGACUGACCCCUCCUCGUCUUCUGAUUUGCUACAGCAGCUAUGAUGGCCCUGCUCAUGUCAAAGCUGUCAUGCAGUUAGGGGCCUUCAUACAGCAGCACAUGGCCACUCAGGUGUGCCUCGACCUGUGGGACUCUCUCAGCAUGGCUGAGGAGGGCAGUAUGGCCUGGCACUACCGGCAGAUCCGGGAGAGUGACUUCAUCUUGGUGAUCUGUUCUCAGGGUCUUAACCACAGACCUGAGCCUCCACAACCAAACAGCAACGACAAAGAUGAGGAUGCAGACAGGAGGCUAGACUUUGGGUCUUACGCCUUCAGCUCUGAUGCAGCUGUCCAGCUUAUUGGAGAGGAGGUGGGCCGAGCCAAAGCCAGGGGCCAGGACCUGUCCAAAUACAUGGCAGCCAUUUUUGAGUACUCUGAGGAAACUGACAUCCCCAAUGAGCUGAAUCUGGUAUCUCGCUACUCGCUCACGAGUGACUUACCACUGCUCUUCUCCCACCUCCAUGGAGUGGCUCUGCACAGGCCUGGGGGUUACCUGAAGAUAAACCAUAUCUCAGAGGAAGGUUUUGCCAAGUUACCAGCUGGAGCAGCUCUGCAGUGCGCUAUCUAUGAGGCUGGAAUGGCAAUGAGGGCCAAAGCACAUCACUCUGUGGGAGGGGGUGACUAAAUACACACAAAAAAAGAAUCUGUAUGCCCCAAUUUAAUGAUUGUUCUCAGCCCAGUACAGCAGGAAGGUUAGCUUGAAGAUAAACGUUGGUGAUGGCCAAAAAUUUGCUGGUUCUGUAUCUGGCCAGAUAGGAGGAGCUUGGAGCUCACUGCUAGAGGGUGACCAGUACACCUACAAUCCCUGCUGAUGUGCCCUCAAGCAAUUGACCAACUAACCACCUCCGCCUAAGCUAUGCUACAGUGGCAGCAAUUGUGCACUUUGACCUCUGAAAUGUGUUGACUUACGUGUGUGUACAGGAAGGAUUUGUAAAAAAGAACAUUCAGUAAUGUGUGUAAUGCUCACUGAAACUAAAAGUAUUUGACAUUUUCUGUUCAUUUUUAUCGCUGUGUCAUGUAAAAAGCCACCAUGUUUAUAUUGGCACUGUAUAUAAAAAUCAUAUUAAUCUCAUUUGAAUUAGUGAAGUUAUUCUGUGAGGAUGUUUACCUUGAAGUGGAUAUUGAAAAAUAAGUGCAUGCAUGUUAACAGUCAUGCUUACAUUUUAUUUAUGCAUGUGCAUAUCUCAAAUAUAAAUAAGAAUUGUUAGAUUUAAUAGGUCCUAUCAGUUUUAGUUUUAUGCUGAUGUUCGGUUACACUCACGAAAAAAUGUUGUGAGCUGCCUUGUAUUUUAUGUUGUAUCUUUGUGAAUUAUAAAUGUUACUUUGUGCAUCUAACCAUCUAAUAAAAUCAUUCUAAAACAA